AUACUGUUUGUUAUAAAGAACUGAAAUGUAUCUUUCUUUCUAGAUUCUUUCUCUGCAAAUUCUCUUCUUUGUAUAAAAACUUAUUUUCCCUUCAUAAUCCCAUCUUUUUCAAACCCUUUUUGUUCUCAUUCUUCUUUCUAUUACAUUACAAAACAACUUUCUCACAAUCUUUUCUAUUUCUUUUUAACUCUUUGCUUCUGUUUUGUUUUGGGAUUCCCUUUUCUUGACUUCUUUUUGCUGCCUUCAUAACAUGGAUGAAUGGAAAAGGAGUGGGCAAAUUCCAGCAUUUGGAAAUUGGGAGCAUGCAAAUGAGAUGCCAAUAACACAGUAUUUUGAGUGUGCAAGACAAGCUGGUUUGAUUCGAUACAGUAAUUCCUCCGGAGAAUGCGAUCGUCACGGCAGCCGCGGCUGCGGCGGAGGAGGCGCCGGUGAUUUAUAUGCAGCUAACAAUUUCAAGAAAGCUUCUCGUGAUCUUGGUCCACCAAGAAAGACAAGGGUGAGUAGGGAGAGAAAUAGAGUGGUUUCUUCGUCUGGUGGGCAUGUGAAAGAGCAGAAAAAACAAGGCAAAGUGUGCGACGUGACUCAACCGCCCACGAAACAACAUCAACAUCAACAUCAGCCCAUGAAUGGUGGGGGAACUGUGAAUCAUCGCCCUAAAUUCCCUGCAAAAGCUGUCGAUGAAGAUCUUUACAAAAUUCCCCCUGAGCUCCUACGCUCUUCCAAACGGAAGAAGAUGCCAGGAUUCUUUUCGUGCCUUGUGCCUGCCUGCGCUUCCUAAAACUGUGAUGCUUUUAUACCAAGUAAAAGUGUAGAAAGCAAUAGUAGGCCAAAAAAUAUAAAAUGCUCUCACUUUUGUGUUUCCUAGAAUGUUUAAAGAUACUCCGAGCUGUGAAAUGAAUAUAUAUAUAUGUUUAUAAGAUAAAUUGUACAUUUUAUUUGAACUAAAAUGAAUCAAUACCGAGCUGAGCUGAAAUUUUAUUGAAUUAAAGGAAUUCAAAUCGAAUUGAACUA